AUGCUUGUGGAGGAGACGACAAGGAAUGGUGAAGGUACAGAGAGUAAUCAGCCAAACGACUUAACGAAUAUUGAAACGCUGAAUAGUUGGGGUGGAGGAGGUGGUGCUAUUGCUAAUUCUGCCAAUGCAAGUUCGAGAGAUGACAAGAACAUACAAACAUACAAGCGGAGAAAACUUGGGAGAUCGAUUUCUGGGAAUAAGUGUUCGGAAAAUGAGAGGAUUUCCAUGGAAGGUGUUAGCAAUUCAGGAAGCCGGGAGUCUGUCGCUUGUGAGUUGGAUGAUCAAAGGUUCAGCAUUGGAACUCUAUGCGCUAGUAAACUCCCUGAGCUUUNCAAUCCAAAUAAACCAUCAAGUGAAUCCAAGUAUGAGACUGCGACAGCCGGUUGCCAGCAUGUUCUGUCUCGUGUUUUUGCUUCAAAGGAGUUUGCAUCCCUAAGUAAGUUGCUUUCCGAAAAUCUUCAAGGGGUCAAGAUUGAUGACCUUAUGUGCAGAACCCUGAUAGACACCAGGAUGAAAGAGGGUGUUUAUGAAAGUUCACCUGUGCUCUUUUCAACGGACCUCCAAGAGGUCUGGCAAAAAAUACAGGAUGUCGGUAAUGAUAUGGCUGUUCUAGCUAAUAGUCUCUUAGAGCUGUCGAGGACCUCCUAUACUGAACAGUUGAAACAGUUCUACACUGGGGAAUCGAAGCCUUGUCUCAAUGGAGAGAUCAUCAGAAAUGGUGUUUAUGACAUUUGCAAGCUAUGUGGAGAGAAGGCAGCGGCGGGAGAUUGUUUAGCAUGUGAUCAUUGUGAUGAUAUGUACCAUGUCUCAUGUGCGCAUCCUGGUGGGGUAGAGAUGUCGACGAACAGUUGGUAUUGUCUAGACUGCACAUCUAAGGGAAUCGGAUCACUUCACGAUUUUUGUGGUGUGUGUGAAAGAAUGAAAACCCAGAGGAUGAUGGAGACAGAUGACGGAUGUGUUGAUAUGAGUACAGAAUGUAAAGAAGAUUCGAACGAAUCUGAAGAGAACUCAAGCUGUAACAUGAAUCACGAGGCUCAACACGUAGAGAUGAAGAGAGAUUCUGAACUCUGUAGGACCUGUGGAACAAAGGUGGACAAUGGUGGACGGUUCAUAACAUGUGAUCACCCGUUUUGCCCACACAAGUAUUACCACAUCAGGUGUUUGACUUCAAGGCAAAUAAAACUACACGGUGUUCGUUGGUAUUGCUCGUCGUGCUUAUGCAGGAAGUGUCUAACUGACAAGGAUGAUGAUAAGAUUGUCUUGUGUGAUGGGUGUGAUGAUGCGUAUCACAUCUAUUGCAUGAGACCUCCAUGUUCAUCGGUUCCAACUGGAGAAUGGUUUUGCACAACAUGUAAAGCUGCAAUUCAUAAAGUCCGCAAAGUGCGAAAGGCUUUUGAGAAGAAGAUGGAGACGUUGCAGAAACCAAAAGGAAGAAAAGCAGGGAAUCUCGAGAGCAGACCGAGAAGUAAAGACAUUGGAGAAUUGGAUAAAGGCGUAGGAGGAGUGGACAUGCUUCUAAACGCAGCCGAUACUUUGAAAGAUCAAGAACAGAUGACAUUACAAUCCAUCAAAUGA